CCGCCCCCCGCUUAAAACCUCGACUCCGACCGGCCGAACCCACUGCCCCCGCACAGCCGCCGCACCCCGAGUCACGCUACCAGAUCAUCCACCGUGCCACGCCACACAGCGACCAUCGUCGUCCACUCCCCGGACUCGAUCGAUCGAUCUGCUAGACCGCCGGCGGCGACGUGCGAGCUGAGUGCAGACUAGUACCGAGCACGGGACCCGAUCGGCCGGGAUGGAGAAGAAGGUGCCGCUGCCGCUGGCUCACGCGCACGCGCACGGGGAGGGGCUGUGGGCGCGGCCCUGGCGCUGGGCCAAGACGGCCUUCUUCCUCGUCUCCAUGCUCGCCUCGCUGCUCCUCGUCUGCGCGCCGCCGCUCCUCAUCGUCCUCCUCGACCUGCUCCUCCCGCCCGCGCUCCUCUCCAACUUCCUCCGCGCCUCCUCCGCGCACACCCUCCUCGACCAGGCCAGGGGCUUCCACUUCCGCUCCUCCCUCGUCGACCUCCCCGCCGUCUCCGCCGCCCGCUCCCUCCUCAUCCUCUGCGCGUACACGGCGUGCGGCGGCGGCGCGGCCUACCUGUGGGUGGCGGCGGCCUGCAGCGUCGGCUCCCUCUUCUACGUCCUCGCCAAGGCCGUCGCGGUCUUCGGCGUGGCCGCCGACGGCGCCGCCGGCCUCGAGCUGCACGGCAAGGGCCAGCUCCUCGCCGUGGAGGCCAUGUUCCUCAUGUCGCUCGCGCUCGCCGCCGCGCACCUCGCCAUGGCCUACCGGGCCAGCAGCCGCGAGAAGCGCCGGCUCCACGUCGUCUACAGAAUCGACAUCGAAGCAGUGAGGUUAAAGGGAACCCACACGCCCAAGUCGCUGAAGCAAUGCAUCGUAUGACACCCAACCCGUCGUCCGGUCGGAUGGGAAUGGGGAUUCCGGAGAGGCGACGGCAGGACUUUCUCCGCUUCCUCCUCCGGUCUCAAAUUUUGGCUCGAGCAGUAGUAGUUUGUGUACACUCCGAUUGAUCGAUCGGUCGACACGACGCGCCAUGUGUAUAUGUUUACCCGCACCAACGUCUCUCUCUCCCAAGUGGACAUAGUGUGGAUGGAGCUCAGCUGUAAAUAUGGUGGGACAUUUGUGCUUCGGCCUCCUGCAACAUAGGAUGAGCCGUGCGGCAGAUGUCGAUUGCUGUUUUUUUGAGUGAAUAGCAAAAAACUACCACAUUACGGGC